CCCGGUUUAUGACUACAAUUGUUUACAACAAAUAAUAAUUACUUACUUAUAAUAUUUACUUAUAUCUCGUUAUCUCCGUACCUACUUGAGAGUCGCUUUGACCCCUGUAUCAGUACAUCACUGUCGUUUUCGUAAGACGGACAAUAAAAUGUUCUAUACAUUUUAGUUCUUGAAUAAAUUUUAAUUAAUCAAUAUGUAUAGAUUUAUAAAACGUGGUUUGGUCCCUAGAACUGCAUUUGAUCGAUUGCAGAAAGACUUUUGCAAUGAAAAGGUUUGGAAGCAAGGCGUGAGAUGUAUCACUCAGAGCACGAAGUCGGAUAGUUUGUUUCCUGAGCGUGUAGAUUUCCCGAGCAGGCAUAUCGGGCCCCGGGAUCAAGAUGUAGUGACUAUGUUGGAUUUGCUCGGCUAUAAGAGUUUAGAUAAAUUGACAGACGAUGCGGUUCCUAAGAAGAUUCAACUACAAGGGCUUAUGGAUAUCAGCGACCCUAUGAGUGAACAUGAUCUUAUCGAAACAGUGCGCAAAAUAUCGGAAAAGAACCAAAUAUGGAGGUCUUAUAUCGGUAUGGGGUAUCACAACUGUUGCGUCCCACACAGUAUAAUGCGCAACUUGUUCGAGAAUCCUGGAUGGACCACACAAUACACGCCGUAUCAGCCUGAAAUAGCUCAAGGAAGAUUAGAAAGUCUUCUUAAUUACCAAACUAUGGUUAGCGAUCUGACGGGAUUAGACGUAGCCAAUGCAUCUUUAUUGGAUGAAGGCACUGCAGCUGCUGAAGCGUUAUCACUGUGUCACAGGCACAACAAAAGAAUGAAAUUCGUCGUCUCAGAGAGACUGCACCCGCAAACUUUAGCAGUAGUCCAAACACGAUUGGAUGCUUUAGGCUUAGAAGUGAAAGUAGUGCCUGAUGUGCGUCAAGUAGAUUUCGCCCAAAGAGAUAUUUCCGCAGUCUUACUACAGUGUCCAGACACCAGGGGCUUAGUUUAUGACUAUUCAGGUCUAGCGGCUGCGGCGCACGAACAUGGCACUCUCGUGGUGGUUGCCACAGACUUGCUUGCUCUUGCUCUGCUUCGACCACCGGCGGAAUGUGGUGCCGCCCUCGCUGUGGGCACUUCACAACGGUUAGGUGUGCCUCUUGGCUACGGAGGACCCCAUGCUGGUUUCUUUGCGGCAGAACAUCAGCUCGUGCGUCUCAUGCCCGGUCGCAUGGUUGGUGUGACUAGGGAUGCCACUGGAAGGGAUGCCUACAGGUUAGCUCUUCAAACUAGAGAGCAGCAUAUCCGUAGGGAUAAGGCGACUUCCAAUAUUUGUACGGCUCAGGCACUUUUGGCCAACAUGUCUGCCAUGUACGCAGUGUACCAUGGCCCUCAAGGUUUAAGAGACAUUGCGACCAGGGUCCAUAACGCCACUCUGGUCCUCGAUCAUGGUAUCAGAAAACGUGGACACAAACAAUCGAACGAUGUGUAUUUCGAUACAUUACACGUUGUACCUGUAUCUGAACAUGACGCUAGUGUGAUAAAAACCCGAGCUCAGGAGAAGAAGAUUAAUCUGCGAUACUUUGACGAUGGGGCUGUGGGAGUGGCUCUGGACGAAACCACUACCAUGGAGGAUGUUAAUGAUCUGCUAUGGAUAUUUGAUUGCAAGCCUGUUGAAGAGGUGACUAAGGCAAGUGACGAGGUUAAAGCCCGCAGUGUGCAGAAGGGACCAUUCCGGAGGACAUCUCCUUACCUCACUCAUCCAGUCUUCAAUAUGCACCAUUCCGAAACUAGAAUCGUCCGAUACAUGAAACGACUGGAAAACAAAGACGUAUCACUAGUUCACUCCAUGAUACCUUUGGGAUCUUGUACAAUGAAACUAAACUCUACCACAGAAAUGAUGCCUUGUUCUUUCAAGCAUUUCACUGAAAUUCAUCCAUUUGCUCCAUUAGACCAAUGUCAGGGAUACCAUCAGCUUUUCGAAGAGUUGGCUAAAGACCUGUGCGCAGUCACUGGUUACGAUAGGGUGUCCUUCCAACCCAACAGUGGUGCUCAAGGUGAAUACGCUGGAUUGCGCACAAUCAAGCGUUAUCACGAGUUCCGUGGUGACACCGGCCGUAAUAUCUGCCUGAUCCCGGUGAGCGCGCACGGUACCAACCCUGCGUCCGCGCACAUGGCUGGUAUGCGCGUCUGCGCUAUACGAGUCACGCCCUCUGGCGAUAUCGAUAUGGCACAUCUUCAAGAAAUGGUUGAAAAGCACAGUGAGAACAUAUCAUGUCUCAUGUUGACCUAUCCAAGUACAUUUGGAGUGUUUGAAGAGCGUGCCGCAGAUGUAUGCGCAUUAGUUCACAAACAUGGUGGCCAGGUUUACUUAGACGGAGCUAACAUGAACGCACAGGUGGGGCUCUGUCGUCCUGGGGAUUAUGGAAGCGAUGUUUCACAUUUGAACUUACACAAGACAUUCUGUAUCCCGCACGGUGGGGGCGGCCCUGGUAUGGGACCCAUUGGAGUGAAGGCUCACUUGGCACCAUUCCUGCCAUCGCAUCCAGUUGUUGACCCUCUCGCAGACUUAGGUGACGAAGCCCACAGUUUCGGCUCUGUAAGCGCUGCACCAUUUGGAUCAUCUGCCAUUUUGCCUAUUUCUUGGGCAUACAUAAAGAUGAUGGGACCUAAAGGACUUAGGCGUGCUACUCAGGUAGCUAUACUCAAUGCUAACUACAUGUCGAAACGAUUGGAAGGCCAUUACAAAACAUUAUACAAGGGCGAAAGAGGACUAGUAGCGCACGAGUUUAUUAUUGACGUGAGAGACUUGAAAAAGACUGCUAACAUUGAACCAGGAGACAUUGCUAAAAGGCUUAUGGACUUUGGUUUCCAUGCACCGACAAUGUCUUGGCCUGUGGGUGGUACCCUGAUGAUAGAACCCACUGAGUCUGAAGAUCUGCAGGAGAUGGAACGGUUUUGCGAAGCCCUUAUAGCUAUCAGAAAGGAAAUUAAGGACAUUGAAGAUGGAACUAUGGACAAACGGCUAAACCCAUUGAAGAUGGCGCCACAUACACAAGAGGAAGUCAUUUCGGAAGAUUGGAACCGGCCCUACAGUCGGGAACAAGCAGCUUUCCCUGCGCCAUUUGUGAAGGGAGAGACGAAAAUCUGGCCUACCGUCGGCCGUAUCGACGACAUGUACGGCGAUAAGCAUCUGGUGUGUACCUGUCCACCAGUGCUUGACGAUUUCUAAAUAAACAAUUAUUAAGUGUAAUGUAUUAUAAUAAUAAAUCUUACAAAAUUGUUGAUUAAAUGUGGAUGUGUUAUAAAAAAGAAACAUGUAGACCAUCUGUCGCAUUAUGUAUAUUUCUUCAAUAUUGUUGUAGAAUAAAAUAUCGUCUUCUAACAACA